AUGAAGAACGCUUCCAGUGUUCCACCAACGAGUUCCAGCACCAGCAAAUCAGAGAAGGCAUGCGAACAGUGUGGCCAAAGCCAUUAUUUGUAUCACUGUCCCGAAUUCCAGAAGUUAGACAUCGUUCAUCGAACCGAUCUGGUGAAACAGAAAAAAUUAUGCAUGAAUUGUUUGCGUUCGUCGUCUCAUUUUGGUCACACAUGUUCGGGCACCCGCUGCCGCGUCUGCUCGAGAAAACACCACACGUUACUUCAUACGGACAGCGGAAAUACAACGUCCACUUCCAGCAAGCCGCUUAAUGAUGCGACCUGUUGCGUCGCCCUCGAUCCACACACCACCUCAAGUGAACCGUCGGUCAAGUCCGAUGUGCAGGCUUCAGUCCAGCAACCUUCCACCUCUGCUACAUCCGUCAACUUAUCUCAUCAUGUUCACGACACUUCCGGGAAUCCAGAAUACGCUCUAGUCUCGCAAUCCCAAGCUGUGAUCCCAGGAACCGUUUUUCUUCCAACCGCGCUCGUGAACAUCCGCAGUAGCAGAGGCCGUAUAAUCACCGCACGUUGUUUGCUGGAUUGUGCUUCCCAACGAAAUUUCAUCUCUGUAGCACUGUGUGAAAAACUACAACUUCCUCGCACUCCACUGCUACAGCCGAUCACCAUCAGUGGAAUUGGCAACAUCAUCACGCUCGUCCAACACGAAGCCUCCGUUACCAUUUCUUCCCGUGUGUCGCCAUUUUCACUGAAAAGUUUAAUGCUCCUACUUCCGUCGAUUACGAUGAAGCUCACCGUCGAUGUCCGCGAAUGGUCGAUUCCGAAGCAAGUCAACCUCGUUGAUCCAACGUUCGCUGUUACCGGCAACAUUGAUAUGAUUCUCGGCGCCGCAUUUUUCUUCCGUGUACUCCGAUACGGGUGCAUCUCUCUCGGUGGUAAUCUUCCCCUACUCCAGAACACCGAAUUUGGCUGGGUGGUCUCAGGAGAAUGUGGGCUGGAAGAACAUGACCACCAAGAUCCACGCCAUUGUCAAUUCAGCAAUUCCUGCACAAUCGAUGAGUUGGUAAACAAGUUUUGGCAAUUGGAAGAAGUCCAACAUUCCAAGGGUUGGUCGCCGUCCGAGCGCUACUGUGAGGAACAUUUCCUGUUGAACACGAAACGAAGUUCCGAUGGUCGCUAUGUCGUCUCUCUUCCGAAACGGCAAGAUCUCUUGCUGCAGCUGGAUGACAACUGGAACAACGCUACGCGACGUUUCUACGCCUUAGAACGGUCGCUAGCUCGAGAUUUUAAAAAAUAA